CCAGCAACGCCCCGCUCGACAUAGAAGGGAAAUUGUUUGCCGAGUGUGUGCGCAGCCCUCCUGCGGGCGCGGGGGAGCCGGGAGGGAGGGAGGGAGCGUCGGGCGGGCGCUGCGCUCCUGCGCGGGGCUAUUUCAACUUCAGGGCAACUUUAGAGAACUUCAGUUUAUUUUGGUUCUGGACGACAGCUGAGACCAGCAGAGCCUCCCGGAGAUGCUGAUGCUGAUGCAGAAGAUGAAGAUUCUGUUAAUGAAGUGGCAGUAGAAGAUAUCCGGCCAAGGCCACAAGGAUCCUCUCCAGUUUAUGAAUAUCCCAUAGAAGAAGAAUAUUUAAAGCUUCAAGAAGAAAAAUCAAAACAGAGUCAUCCACAGGAUACAAUGGAAGUGACCCUGAAAACAGAAGUGGAAGCUGGUGCUAGCGGUUUUAGCGUGACUGGUGGAGGAAAUGAAGGAAUAUUUAUUAAAAAAGUACUUAAGGAAUCCCCUGCUUCAAAAAUAUUUAGUAUGAGAGAAGGUGAUCAGCUUCUAAGUGCUACAAUAUUUUUUGAUAAUAUCAAGUAUGAAGACGCCCUCAAGAUUCUUCAGUAUUCAGAGCCGUACAGAGUUCAAUUCAGCCUCAAAAGGAAGGUUGUUGGGAAAGAGCUAGAACAUAUUCAUUCUACAGCACAGUACAAGAAGGAAAGAUUAAGUCAGGAAAAAGAACUCAGUGAAAGCAUUCCUGAAGAAACACUGCACAUUUCAGGAAAAACUAUUUCAGAAGAAGACAAGGAAACAUUAAUUGUAAACCAAAGGAUGGGGAGAAGCAAGCGACCUAAAAAAGACAGAUUAUCAUGGCCAAAAUUCCAGUCAAUUAAGAAUAAAAAGAUAUUGGGGCACAGAAGAUCGCACAGUACAUCAGACGCGUAUGAGCCUGCUAUACAAGAUAUUUCCCCAACAAGCACAGACACAGAGUCUCAAUUUCAACAAGAAGUCAGUACCAAAGAAAAAAAAGGAAGCCAAAAGAAACUGAAGUUCCCUAACAUUGGAUUCAAAAUGCAUAGAUCAAAACCAGAACCAAAAGAGAAGCAAAAAACAGAAAUAAAAACAAAACUGUUAACUGAAACAGAUAAAAUACAUAAAGAAGAUAUCAGCAUGGAAAGUCCUGAAAUACUGACUGUUGAAUAUACCACAUCUUCUGCUUAUGAAAUGAAAACAGGGGAGGUACAAGAAACUUUAACAAAAGACUUGAAAGAAAUGAAAAAUGGCAUUCCAACCCAAACAAAAAAGCACCCUGAAGUUGAAAUAAGCAUUAAAAAACAAAAAGAUCAGGAAUCAACACUGAAGUUUGCUGUACCAGAAGUACCAGCUAUAUCAACACACAUAUCAAAACCCAGUUUAGAAACACCUGAUCUGAAAGAGAGCCCAGCUAAACAAACACCACAGGCCUCAUCAAAAUCCCGAAAAAAGAAACAGAAAGGAACAACAGACAAAAUAGAAGGAGAAAGUGGAAUUAACAUAGAAAUAAUGGAUCACACGGCACAAGGAUCCAUACAAGUAAAAGGUCUAGAAAUAGGCACUGCUAAAGCAGAAUUACACACCACAGCUGGUGCACUGGAAACAAGAGAAAAACAGGCAGAAGAUAAAACAAAAGUAUUAACAAUUCAGAAAACAAAGUUUGGGAUUUCAAUACCCAAAAGAGAAGAACCAGAAACUGAAAGAGCUUUAACCAAACCUGGAAGCGAUGUUCCACAUUCAGUACCAGAAAGAACAGAUGACACAAGUAAGGAAGGAGGCAGAAAGUUGGAUGUGAAAACUGACGUGCCUGAUGCAGAAUCAGAAGUAUCUGCAUGGAAAAUACAAAUGCCGUCAUUCAAAAUGGCCAAAAUACCUAAAGAUGACAUAAAACUACCCAGAGAACAGAGCACAGUCCAGCCAAUAGAUACUGUAAAAAAGGCACAGACGGAAGAUGAUGUGCCUGAAACUGAUAAAGACUCUAAGAUGGACAUUGAUAUUAAAGCAGGAGAAAAAGAUACAGAGGGAAAAGAAAGCAAAUUCAGACUGCCAAAGUUCAAAUUACCUACAUUUACUUGGGCAACACUAAAGGACGAAACAGGGGAAACUGAGGCUCAGGUGAGCCACGGGGAAACAAAAGUACAUUCCCUAGCAGCAGGAGAAAAAACAGAUAUUAGCAUAACGACAGAAGAGAUGCAGGCGUCGAGUGCUGAAAUUGAAAAAAAGGUAAUAGAAGAAAAUAUAAGUGACAAAAAUAUAAGACACCUGCCAGAAGUUAAAAUGCCAAGCUUGAAAACUAAAAAAAUAGCAAUUUCAUCCACAGAGAAUCAGUGGGCUAAGUCAGAAGAAGAAAAGCCUCCCAAACCAGAUACUGAAAUGAAAGACGGUGAAAUCUCUGUACCAUCUAAGCAAAGAGAAGAUAUUUUUGAAACAAUACCAGGUAAAGAUGAAGAAACAGCAAUAAAAUUUCAUAAGAAAAAGAUCAAAAUGCCUAAAAUGGGAUUUUUUAAACAUGAUCUAAAGGCACAAAAAGAAGAGACAGAUAUUACAAAAUAUAAACUAGAAAUAACCUUGCCUGGCACAGAAAUCAAACAAGAAGAGACAGAGCUCAAGGCAGGCACGGGCGACGUCAGCCUCUCGGCCCCCGACGUGCAGCUGCCCUCGCUCGAAGGCUCCCUCAGCCUCCAGGGGCCCGAGAUAGACCUGAAAGCACCCUCCGCCGAAGGCUCGCUGGACGGAGCCGAGGUGGAAGCCGCCGGCCUGAAAGGGAAGAUUAAGAUGCCCAAGUUCGACAAGCCCAAAUUUGGUGUGUCGCCCCCCAAGGCCCACGGGCCCGAAGCGGAGGUCAGCCUGCCCACCGCAGAGGUCGACCUCCCCUCCGCCACCGUGACCGCCACAGGGGAAGGCCCCGCGCUGGGCCUCAAAGCCGACGUCCCCGGUGCCAAAACCGAGGGGGCUGGCUGGAAGGUGGAAGUGCCCUCCCUCAAAAUGCCCAAAGCUGACAUCAAGGCUCCCAAGGUGGACGUCACCCUGCCCUCCGUCGACAUCACCCUCCCAAAGGCCAGCGUCGACCUGCAGGCGCCCGAGGCGGCCCUCUCCCUCGAAGGGGAAGCAAAAGCCCCGGAGAAGGAGGCCUCGAAGGCGAAGGACAGCAAGUUCAAAAUGCCCAAGUUCGGCAUGCCUUCCUUUGGCUGGUCCAGCAGCAGAGAGGCCAAGGGCGCCGUCGCCGCCGACGUGGACGUGAGCCUCAAGGAGCCCCAGGUGACGGUGCCCUCGGGAGCCGCCGAAGCCGAGCUGACCGUGCCCGGGGCCGAGAUCCAGGCUCCCGGCGUCGAGCUGACCAUCGAGGCCGCCACCGCCGGAGGAGACGCCGAGAAAGGCAGAUUCAAAAUGCCCGACGUCAAGAUGCCCAGCGUCAAACUGCCCAAAGUCAAGGCUCCCCACGUGCAGGUCAGCCUGCCCAAGGCCGAGGUCUCGCUGCCCAAAUCCCAGGCGGAAAUCCCGGAGGGCGAGCUCACCCUGCAGGGCCCCGAUGCCGAAGGCAGCCUGGACGCCGCUGCCGGUAAAGUCGAGGGCAGCGGCAUGAAACUGCACAUGCCAAAAGUCAAGGUGCCCAGCGUGGCCUUCUCCAAGCCAACCGUCAAGGCUCCCAAACUCGACGCGGACGUCAGCCUGCCCAAAGUCGACGUCAGCCUCCCGGAGGCAGAGCUCAAGGCCGGCACGGGCGACGUCAGCCUCUCGGCCCCCGACGUGCAGCUGCCCUCGCUCGAAGGCUCCCUCAGCCUCCAGGGGCCCGAGAUAGACCUGAAAGCACCCUCCGCCGAAGGCUCGCUGGACGGAGCCGAGGUGGAAGCCGCCGGCCUGAAAGGGAAGAUUAAGAUGCCCAAGUUCGACAAGCCCAAAUUUGGUGUGUCGCCCCCCAAGGCCCACGGGCCCGAAGCGGAGGUCAGCCUGCCCACCGCAGAGGUCGACCUCCCCUCCGCCACCGUGACCGCCACAGGGGAAGGCCCCGCGCUGGGCCUCAAAGCCGACGUCCCCGGUGCCAAAACCGAGGGGGCUGGCUGGAAGGUGGAAGUGCCCUCCCUCAAAAUGCCCAAAGCUGACAUCAAGGCUCCCAAGGUGGACGUCACCCUGCCCUCCGUCGACAUCACCCUCCCAAAGGCCAGCGUCGACCUGCAGGCGCCCGAGGCGGCCCUCUCCCUCGAAGGGGAAGCAAAAGCCCCGGAGAAGGAGGCCUCGAAGGCGAAGGACAGCAAGUUCAAAAUGCCCAAGUUCGGCAUGCCUUCCUUUGGCUGGUCCAGCAGCAGAGAGGCCAAGGGCGCCGUCGCCGCCGACGUGGACGUGAGCCUCAAGGAGCCCCAGGUGACGGUGCCCUCGGGAGCCGCCGAAGCCGAGCUGACCGUGCCCGGGGCCGAGAUCCAGGCUCCCGGCGUCGAGCUGACCAUCGAGGCCGCCACCGCCGGAGGAGACGCCGAGAAAGGCAGAUUCAAAAUGCCCGACGUCAAGAUGCCCAGCGUCAAACUGCCCAAAGUCAAGGCUCCCCACGUGCAGGUCAGCCUGCCCAAGGCCGAGGUCUCGCUGCCCAAAUCCCAGGCGGAAAUCCCGGAGGGCGAGCUCACCCUGCAGGGCCCCGAUGCCGAAGGCAGCCUGGACGCCGCUGCCGGUAAAGUCGAGGGCAGCGGCAUGAAACUGCACAUGCCAAAAGUCAAGGUGCCCAGCGUGGCCUUCUCCAAGCCAACCGUCAAGGCUCCCAAACUCGACGCGGACGUCAGCCUGCCCAAAGUCGACGUCAGCCUCCCGGAGGCAGAGCUCAAGGCCGGCACGGGCGACGUCAGCCUCUCGGCCCCCGACGUGCAGCUGCCCUCGCUCGAAGGCUCCCUCAGCCUCCAGGGGCCCGAGAUAGACCUGAAAGCACCCUCCGCCGAAGGCUCGCUGGACGGAGCCGAGGUGGAAGCCGCCGGCCUGAAAGGGAAGAUUAAGAUGCCCAAGUUCGACAAGCCCAAAUUUGGUGUGUCGCCCCCCAAGGCCCACGGGCCCGAAGCGGAGGUCAGCCUGCCCACCGCAGAGGUCGACCUCCCCUCCGCCACCGUGACCGCCACAGGGGAAGGCCCCGCGCUGGGCCUCAAAGCCGACGUCCCCGGUGCCAAAACCGAGGGGGCUGGCUGGAAGGUGGAAGUGCCCUCCCUCAAAAUGCCCAAAGCUGACAUCAAGGCUCCCAAGGUGGACGUCACCCUGCCCUCCGUCGACAUCACCCUCCCAAAGGCCAGCGUCGACCUGCAGGCGCCCGAGGCGGCCCUCUCCCUCGAAGGGGAAGCAAAAGCCCCGGAGAAGGAGGCCUCGAAGGCGAAGGACAGCAAGUUCAAAAUGCCCAAGUUCGGCAUGCCUUCCUUUGGCUGGUCCAGCAGCAGAGAGGCCAAGGGCGCCGUCGCCGCCGACGUGGACGUGAGCCUCAAGGAGCCCCAGGUGACGGUGCCCUCGGGAGCCGCCGAAGCCGAGCUGACCGUGCCCGGGGCCGAGAUCCAGGCUCCCGGCGUCGAGCUGACCAUCGAGGCCGCCACCGCCGGAGGAGACGCCGAGAAAGGCAGAUUCAAAAUGCCUGACGUCAAGAUGCCCAGCGUCAAACUGCCCAAAGUCAAGGCUCCCCACGUGCAGGUCAGCCUGCCCAAGGCCGAGGUCUCGCUGCCCAAAGCCCAGGCGGAAAUCCCGGAGGGCGAGCUCACCCUGCAGGGCCCCGAUGCCGAAGGCAGCCUGGAUGCCGCUGCCGGUAAAGUCGAGGGCAGCGGCAUGAAACUGCACAUGCCAAAAGUCAAGGUGCCCAGCGUGGCCUUCUCCAAGCCAACCGUCAAGGCUCCCAAACUCGACGCGGACGUCAGCCUGCCCAAAGUCGACGUCAGCCUCCCGGAGGCAGAGCUCAAGGCCGGCACGGGCGACGUCAGCCUCUCGGCCCCCGACGUGCAGCUGCCCUCGCUCGAAGGCUCCCUCAGCCUCCAGGGGCCCGAGAUAGACCUGAAAGCACCCUCCGCCGAAGGCUCGCUGGACGGAGCCGAGGUGGAAGCCGCCGGCCUGAAAGGGAAGAUUAAGAUGCCCAAGUUCGACAAGCCCAAAUUUGGUGUGUCGCCCCCCAAGGCCCACGGGCCCGAAGCGGAGGUCAGCCUGCCCACCGCAGAGGUCGACCUCCCCUCCGCCACCGUGACCGCCACAGGGGAAGGCCCCGCGCUGGGCCUCAAAGCCGACGUCCCCGGUGCCAAAACCGAGGGGGCUGGCUGGAAGGUGGAAGUGCCCUCCCUCAAAAUGCCCAAAGCUGACAUCAAGGCUCCCAAGGUGGACGUCACCCUGCCCUCCGUCGACAUCACCCUCCCAAAGGCCAGCGUCGACCUGCAGGCGCCCGAGGCGGCCCUCUCCCUCGAAGGGGAAGCAAAAGCCCCGGAGAAGGAGGCCUCGAAGGCGAAGGACAGCAAGUUCAAAAUGCCCAAGUUCGGCAUGCCUUCCUUUGGCUGGUCCAGCAGCAGAGAGGCCAAGGGCGCCGUCGCCGCCGACGUGGACGUGAGCCUCAAGGAGCCCCAGGUGACGGUGCCCUCGGGAGCCGCUGAAGCCGAGCUGACCGUGCCCGGGGCCGAGAUCCAGGCUCCCGGCGUCGAGCUGACCAUCGAGGCCGCCACCGCCGGAGGAGACGCCGAGAAAGGCAGAUUCAAAAUGCCCGACGUCAAGAUGCCCAGCGUCAAACUGCCCAAAGUCAAGGCUCCCCACGUGCAGGUCAGCCUGCCCAAGGCCGAGGUCUCGCUGCCCAAAUCCCAGGCGGAAAUCCCGGAGGGCGAGCUCACCCUGCAGGGCCCUGACGCCGAAGGCAGCCUGGACGCCGCUGCCGGUAAAGUCGAGGGCAGCGGCAUGAAACUGCACAUGCCAAAAGUCAAGGUGCCCAGCGUGGCCUUCUCCAAGCCAACCGUCAAGGCUCCCAAACUCGACGCGGACGUCAGCCUGCCCAAAGUCGACGUCAGCCUCCCGGAGGCAGAGCUCAAGGCCGGCACGGGCGACGUCAGCCUCUCGGCCCCCGACGUGCAGCUGCCCUCGCUCGAAGGCUCCCUCAGCCUCCAGGGGCCCGAGAUAGACCUGAAAGCACCCUCCGCCGAAGGCUCGCUGGACGGAGCCGAGGUGGAAGCCGCCGGCCUGAAAGGGAAGAUUAAGAUGCCCAAGUUCGACAAGCCUAAAUUUGGCGUGUCGCCCCCCAAGGCCCACGGGCCCGAAGCGGAGGUCAGCCUGCCCACCGCAGAGGUCGACCUCCCCUCCGCCACCGUGACCGCCACAGGGGAAGGCCCCGUGCUGGGCCUCAAAGCCGACGUCCCCGGUGCCAAAACCGAGGGGGCUGGCUGGAAGGUGGAAGUGCCCUCCCUCAAAAUGCCCAAAGCUGACAUCAAGGCUCCCAAGGUGGACGUCACCCUGCCCUCCGUCGACAUCACCCUCCCAAAGGCCAGCGUCGACCUGCAGGCGCCCGAGGCGGCCCUCUCCCUCGAAGGGGAAGCAAAAGCCCCGGAGAAGGAGGCCUCGAAGGCGAAGGACAGCAAGUUCAAAAUGCCCAAGUUCGGCAUGCCUUCCUUUGGCUGGUCCAGCAGCAGAGAGGCCAAGGGCGCCGUCGCCGCCGACGUGGACGUGAGCCUCAAGGAGCCCCAGGUGACGGUGCCCUCGGGAGCCGCCGAAGCCGAGCUGACCGUGCCCGGGGCCGAGAUCCAGGCUCCCGGCCUCGAGCUGACCAUCGAGGCCGCCACCGCCGGAGGAGACGCCGAGAAAGGCAGAUUCAAAAUGCCCGACGUCAAGAUGCCCAGCGUCAAACUGCCCAAAGUCAAGGCUCCCCACGUGCAGGUCAGCCUGCCCAAGGCCGAGGUCUCGCUGCCCAAAUCCCAGGCGGAAAUCCCGGAGGGUGAGCUCACCCUGCAGGGCCCUGACGCCGAAGGCAGCCUGGACGCCGCUGCCGGUAAAGUCGAGGGCAGCGGCAUGAAACUGCACAUGCCAAAAGUCAAGGUGCCCAGCGUGGCCUUCUCCAAGCCAACCGUCAAGGCUCCCAAACUCGACGCGGACGUCAGCCUGCCCAAAGUCGACGUCAGCCUCCCGGAGGCAGAGCUCAAGGCCGGCACGGGCGACGUCAGCCUCUCGGCCCCCGACGUGCAGCUGCCCUCGCUCGAAGGCUCCCUCAGCCUCCAGGGGCCCGAGAUAGACCUGAAAGCACCCUCCGCCGAAGGCUCGCUGGACGGAGCCGAGGUGGAAGCCGCCGGCCUGAAAGGGAAGAUUAAGAUGCCCAAGUUCGACAAGCCCAAAUUUGGUGUGUCGCCCCCCAAGGCCCACGGGCCCGAAGCGGAGGUCAGCCUGCCCACCGCAGAGGUCGACCUCCCCUCCGCCACCGUGACCGCCACAGGGGAAGGCCCCGCGCUGGGCCUCAAAGCCGACGUCCCCGGUGCCAAAACCGAGGGGGCUGGCUGGAAGGUGGAAGUGCCCUCCCUCAAAAUGCCCAAAGCUGACAUCAAGGCUCCCAAGGUGGACGUCACCCUGCCCUCCGUCGACAUCACCCUCCCAAAGGCCAGCGUCGACCUGCAGGCGCCCGAGGCGGCCCUCUCCCUCGAAGGGGAAGCAAAAGCCCCGGAGAAGGAGGCCUCGAAGGCGAAGGACAGCAAGUUCAAAAUGCCCAAGUUCGGCAUGCCUUCCUUUGGCUGGUCCAGCAGCAGAGAGGCCAAGGGCGCCGUCGCCGCCGACGUGGACGUGAGCCUCAAGGAGCCCCAGGUGACGGUGCCCUCGGGAGCCGCCGAAGCCGAGCUGACCGUGCCCGGGGCCGAGAUCCAGGCUCCCGGCGUCGAGCUGACCAUCGAGGCCGCCACCGCCGGAGGAGACGCCGAGAAAGGCAGAUUCAAAAUGCCUGACGUCAAGAUGCCCAGCGUCAAACUGCCCAAAGUCAAGGCUCCCCACGUGCAGGUCAGCCUGCCCAAGGCCGAGGUCUCGCUGCCCAAAGCCCAGGCGGAAAUCCCGGAGGGCGAGCUCACCCUGCAGGGCCACGACGCCGAAGGCAGCCUGGACGCCGCUGCCGGUAAAGUCGAGGGCAGCGGCAUGAAACUGCACAUGCCAAAAGUCAAGGUGCCCAGCGUGGCCUUCUCCAAGCCAACCGUCAAGGCUCCCAAACUCGACGCGGACGUCAGCCUGCCCAAAGUCGACGUCAGCCUCCCGGAGGCAGAGCUCAAGGCCGGCACGGGCGACGUCAGCCUCUCGGCCCCCGACGUGCAGCUGCCCUCGCUCGAAGGCUCCCUCAGCCUCCAGGGGCCCGAGAUAGACCUGAAAGCACCCUCCGCCGAAGGCUCGCUGGACGGAGCCGAGGUGGAAGCCGCCGGCCUGAAAGGGAAGAUUAAGAUGCCCAAGUUCGACAAGCCCAAAUUUGGCGUGUCGCCCCCCAAGGCCCACGGGCCCGAAGCGGAGGUCAGCCUGCCCACCGCAGAGGUCGACCUCCCCUCCGCCACCGUGACCGCCACAGGGGAAGGCCCCGCGCUGGGCCUCAAAGCCGACGUCCCCGGUGCCAAAACCGAGGGGGCUGGCUGGAAGGUGGAAGUGCCCUCCCUCAAAAUGCCCAAAGCUGACAUCAAGGCUCCCAAGGUGGACGUCACCCUGCCCUCCGUCGACAUCACCCUCCCAAAGGCCAGCGUUGACCUGCAGGCGCCCGAGGCGGCCCUCUCCCUCGAAGGGGAAGCAAAAGCCCCGGAGAAGGAGGCCUCGAAGGCGAAGGACAGCAAGUUCAAAAUGCCCAAGUUCGGCAUGCCUUCCUUUGGCUGGUCCAGCAGCAGAGAGGCCAAGGGCGCCGUCGCCGCCGACGUGGACGUGAGCCUCAAGGAGCCCCAGGUGACGGUGCCCUCGGGAGCCGCCGAAGCCGAGCUGACCGUGCCCGGGGCCGAGAUCCAGGCUCCCGGCGUCGAGCUGACCAUCGAGGCCGCCACCGCCGGAGGAGACGCCGAGAAAGGCAGAUUCAAAAUGCCCGACGUCAAGAUGCCCAGCGUCAAACUGCCCAAAGUCAAGGCUCCCCACGUGCAGGUCAGCCUGCCCAAGGCCGAGGUCUCGCUGCCCAAAGCCCAGGCGGAAAUCCCGGAGGGCGAGCUCACCCUGCAGGGCCACGACGCCGAAGGCAGCCUGGACGCCGCUGCCGGUAAAGUCGAGGGCAGCGGCAUGAAACUGCACAUGCCAAAAGUCAAGGUGCCCAGCGUGGCCUUCUCCAAGCCAACCGUCAAGGCUCCCAAACUCGACGCGGACGUCAGCCUGCCCAAAGUCGACGUCAGCCUCCCGGAGGCAGAGCUCAAGGCCGGCACGGGCGACGUCAGCCUCUCGGCCCCCGACGUGCAGCUGCCCUCGCUCGAAGGCUCCCUCAGCCUCCAGGGGCCCGAGAUAGACCUGAAAGCACCCUCCGCCGAAGGCUCGCUGGACGGAGCCGAGGUGGAAGCCGCCGGCCUGAAAGGGAAGAUUAAGAUGCCCAAGUUCGACAAGCCUAAAUUUGGCGUGUCGCCCCCCAAGGCCCACGGGCCCGAAGCGGAGGUCAGCCUGCCCACCGCAGAGGUCGACCUCCCCUCCGCCACCGUGACCGCCACAGGGGAAGGCCCCGCGCUGGGCCUCAAAGCCGACGUCCCCGGUGCCAAAACCGAGGGGGCUGGCUGGAAGGUGGAAGUGCCCUCCCUCAAAAUGCCCAAAGCUGACAUCAAGGCUCCCAAGGUGGACGUCACCCUGCCCUCCGUCGACAUCACCCUCCCAAAGGCCAGCGUCGACCUGCAGGCGCCCGAGGCGGCCCUCUCCCUCGAAGGGGAAGCAAAAGCCCCGGAGAAGGAGGCCUCGAAGGCGAAGGACAGCAAGUUCAAAAUGCCCAAGUUUGGCAUGCCUUCCUUUGGCUGGUCCAGCAGCAGAGAGGCCAAGGGCGCUGUCGCCGCCGACGUGGACGUGAGCCUCAAGGAGCCCCAGGUGACGGUGCCCUCGGGAGCCGCCGAAGCCGAGCUGACCGUGCCCGGGGCCGAGAUCCAGGCUCCCGGCGUCGAGCUGACCAUCGAGGCCGCCACCGCCGGAGGAGACGCCGAGAAAGGCAGAUUCAAAAUGCCCGACGUCAAGAUGCCCAGCGUCAAACUGCCCAAAGUCAAGGCUCCCCACGUGCAGGUCAGCCUGCCCAAGGCCGAGGUCUCGCUGCCCAAAGCCCAGGCGGAAAUCCCGGAGGGCGAGCUCACCCUGCAGGGCCCCGAUGCCGAAGGCAGCCUGGACGCCGCUGCCGGUAAAGUCGAGGGCAGCGGCAUGAAACUGCACAUGCCAAAAGUCAAGGUGCCCAGCGUGGCCUUCUCCAAGCCAACCGUCAAGGCUCCCAAACUCGACGCGGACGUCAGCCUGCCCAAAGUCGACGUCAGCCUCCCGGAGGCAGAGCUCAAGGCCGGCACGGGCGACGUCAGCCUCUCGGCCCCCGACGUGCAGCUGCCCUCGCUCGAAGGCUCCCUCAGCCUCCAGGGGCCCGAGAUAGACCUGAAAGCACCCUCCGCCGAAGGCUCGCUGGACGGAGCCGAGGUGGAAGCCGCCGGCCUGAAAGGGAAGAUUAAGAUGCCCAAGUUCGACAAGCCCAAAUUUGGUGUGUCGCCCCCCAAGGCCCACGGGCCCGAAGCGGAGGUCAUCCUGCCCACCGCAGAGGUCGACCUCCCCUCCGCCACCGUGACCGCCACAGGGGAAGGCCCCGCGCUGGGCCUCAAAGCCGACGUCCCCGGUGCCAAAACCGAGGGGGCUGGCUGGAAGGUGGAAGUGCCCUCCCUCAAAAUGCCCAAAGCUGACAUCAAGGCUCCCAAGGUGGACGUCACCCUGCCCUCCGUCGACAUCACCCUCCCAAAGGCCAGCGUCGACCUGCAGGCGCCCGAGGCGGCCCUCUCCCUCGAAGGGGAAGCAAAAGCCCCGGAGAAGGAGGCCUCGAAGGCGAAGGACAGCAAGUUCAAAAUGCCCAAGUUCGGCAUGCCUUCCUUUGGCUGGUCCAGCAGCAGAGAGGCCAAGGGCGCCGUCGCCGCCGACGUGGACGUGAGCCUCAAGGAGCCCCAGGUGACGGUGCCCUCGGGAGCCGCCGAAGCCGAGCUGACCGUGCCCGGGGCCGAGAUCCAGGCUCCCGGCGUCGAGCUGACCAUCGAGGCCGCCACCGCCGGAGGAGACGCCGAGAAAGGCAGAUUCAAAAUGCCCGACGUCAAGAUGCCCAGCGUCAAACUGCCCAAAGUCAAGGCUCCCUACGUGCAGGUCAGCCUGCCCAAGGCCGAGGUCUCGCUGCCCAAAGCCCAGGCGGAAAUCCCGGAGGGCGAGCUCACCCUGCAGGGCCACGACGCCGAAGGCAGCCUGGACGCCGCUGCCGGUAAAGUCGAGGGCAGCGGCAUGAAACUGCACAUGCCAAAAGUCAAGGUGCCCAGCGUGGCCUUCUCCAAGCCAACCGUCAAGGCUCCCAAACUCGACGCGGACGUCAGCCUGCCCAAAGUCGACGUCAGCCUCCCGGAGGCAGAGCUCAAGGCCGGCACGGGCGACGUCAGCCUCUCGGCCCCCGACGUGCAGCUGCCCUCGCUCGAAGGCUCCCUCAGCCUCCAGGGGCCCGAGAUAGACCUGAAAGCACCCUCCGCCGAAGGCUCGCUGGACGGAGCCGAGGUGGAAGCCGCCGGCCUGAAAGGGAAGAUUAAGAUGCCCAAGUUCGACAAGCCCAAAUUUGGUGUGUCGCCCCCCAAGGCCCACGGGCCCGAAGCGGAGGUCAUCCUGCCCACCGCAGAGGUCGACCUCCCCUCCGCCACCGUGACCGCCACAGGGGAAGGCCCCGCGCUGGGCCUCAAAGCCGACGUCCCCGGUGCCAAAACCGAGGGGGCUGGCUGGAAGGUGGAAGUGCCCUCCCUCAAAAUGCCCAAAGCUGACAUCAAGGCUCCCAAGGUGGACGUCACCCUGCCCUCCGUCGACAUCACCCUCCCAAAGGCCAGCGUCGACCUGCAGGCGCCCGAGGCGGCCCUCUCCCUCGAAGGGGAAGCAAAAGCCCCGGAGAAGGAGGCCUCGAAGGCGAAGGACAGCAAGUUCAAAAUGCCCAAGUUCGGCAUGCCUUCCUUUGGCUGGUCCAGCAGCAGAGAGGCCAAGGGCGCCGUCGCCGCCGACGUGGACGUGAGCCUCAAGGAGCCCCAGGUGACGGUGCCCUCGGGAGCCGCCGAAGCCGAGCUGACCGUGCCCGGGGCCGAGAUCCAGGCUCCCGGCCUCGAGCUGACCAUCGAGGCCGCCACCGCCGGAGGAGACGCCGAGAAAGGCAGAUUCAAAAUGCCUGACGUCAAGAUGCCCAGCGUCAAACUGCCCAAAGUCAAGGCUCCCCACGUGCAGGUCAGCCUGCCCAAGGCCGAGGUCUCGCUGCCCAAAGCCCAGGCGGAAAUCCCGGAGGGCGAGCUCACCCUGCAGGGCCACGACGCCGAAGGCAGCCUGGACGCCGCUGCCGGUAAAGUCGAGGGCAGCGGCAUGAAACUGCACAUGCCAAAAGUCAAGGUGCCCAGCGUGGCCUUCUCCAAGCCAACCGUCAAGGCUCCCAAACUCGACGCGGACGUCAGCCUGCCCAAAGUCGACGUCAGCCUCCCGGAGGCAGAGCUCAAGGCCGGCACGGGCGACGUCAGCCUCUCGGCCCCCGACGUGCAGCUGCCCUCGCUCGAAGGCUCCCUCAGCCUCCAGGGGCCCGAGAUAGACCUGAAAGCACCCUCCGCCGAAGGCUCGCUGGACGGAGCCGAGGUGGAAGCCGCCGGCCUGAAAGGGAAGAUUAAGAUGCCCAAGUUCGACAAGCCCAAAUUUGGUGUGUCGCCCCCCAAGGCCCACGGGCCCGAAGCGGAGGUCAGCCUGCCCACCGCAGAGGUCGACCUCCCCUCCGCCACCGUGACCGCCACAGGGGAAGGCCCCGCGCUGGGCCUCAAAGCCGACGUCCCCGGUGCCAAAACCGAGGGGGCUGGCUGGAAGGUGGAAGUGCCCUCCCUCAAAAUGCCCAAAGCUGACAUCAAGGCUCCCAAGGUGGACGUCACCCUGCCCUCCGUCGACAUCACCCUCCCAAAGGCCAGCGUCGACCUGCAGGCGCCCGAGGCGGCCCUCUCCCUCGAAGGGGAAGCAAAAGCCCCGGAGAAGGAGGCCUCGAAGGCGAAGGACAGCAAGUUCAAAAUGCCCAAGUUUGGCAUGCCUUCCUUUGGCUGGUCCAGCAGCAGAGAGGCCAAGGGCGCUGUCGCCGCCGACGUGGACGUGAGCCUCAAGGAGCCCCAGGUGACGGUGCCCUCGGGAGCCGCCGAAGCCGAGCUGACCGUGCCCGGGGCCGAGAUCCAGGCUCCCGGCGUCGAGCUGACCAUCGAGGCCGCCACCGCCGGAGGAGACGCCGAGAAAGGCAGAUUCAAAAUGCCCGACGUCAAGAUGCCCAGCGUCAAACUGCCCAAAGUCAAGGCUCCCCACGUGCAGGUCAGCCUGCCCAAGGCCGAGGUCUCGCUGCCCAAAGCCCAGGCGGAAAUCCCGGAGGGCGAGCUCACCCUGCAGGGCCCCGAUGCCGAAGGCAGCCUGGACGCCGCUGCCGGUAAAGUCGAGGGCAGCGGCAUGAAACUGCACAUGCCAAAAGUCAAGGUGCCCAGCGUGGCCUUCUCCAAGCCAACCGUCAAGGCUCCCAAACUCGACGCGGACGUCAGCCUGCCCAAAGUCGACGUCAGCCUCCCGGAGGCAGAGCUCAAGGCCGGCACGGGCGACGUCAGCCUCUCGGCCCCCGACGUGCAGCUGCCCUCGCUCGAAGGCUCCCUCAGCCUCCAGGGGCCCGAGAUAGACCUGAAAGCACCCUCCGCCGAAGGCUCGCUGGACGGAGCCGAGGUGGAAGCCGCCGGCCUGAAAGGGAAGAUUAAGAUGCCCAAGUUCGACAAGCCCAAAUUUGGCGUGUCGCCCCCCAAGGCCCACGGGCCCGAAGCGGAGGUCAUCCUGCCCACCGCAGAGGUCGACCUCCCCUCCGCCACCGUGACCGCCACAGGGGAAGGCCCCGCGCUGGGCCUCAAAGCCGACGUCCCCGGUGCCAAAACCGAGGGGGCUGGCUGGAAGGUGGAAGUGCCCUCCCUCAAAAUGCCCAAAGCUGACAUCAAGGCUCCCAAGGUGGACGUCACCCUGCCCUCCGUCGACAUCACCCUCCCAAAGGCCAGCGUCGACCUGCAGGCGCCCGAGGCGGCCCUCUCCCUCGAAGGGGAAGCAAAAGCCCCGGAGAAGGAGGCCUCGAAGGCGAAGGACAGCAAGUUCAAAAUGCCCAAGUUCGGCAUGCCUUCCUUUGGCUGGUCCAGCAGCAGAGAGGCCAAGGGCGCCGUCGCCGCCGACGUGGACGUGAGCCUCAAGGAGCCCCAGGUGACGGUGCCCUCGGGAGCCGCCGAAGCCGAGCUGACCGUGCCCGGGGCCGAGAUCCAGGCUCCCGGCCUCGAGCUGACCAUCGAGGCCGCCACCGCCGGAGGAGACGCCGAGAAAGGCAGAUUCAAAAUGCCCGACGUCAAGAUGCCCAGCGUCAAACUGCCCAAAGUCAAGGCUCCCCACGUGCAGGUCAGCCUGCCCAAGGCCGAGGUCUCGCUGCCCAAAGCCCAGGCGGAAAUCCCGGAGGGCGAGCUCACCCUGCAGGGCCACGACGCCGAAGGCAGCCUGGACGCCGCUGCCGGUAAAGUCGAGGGCAGCGGCAUGAAACUGCACAUGCCAAAAGUCAAGGUGCCCAGCGUGGCCUUCUCCAAGCCAACCGUCAAGGCUCCCAAACUCGACGCGGACGUCAGCCUGCCCAAAGUCGACGUCAGCCUCUCGGAGGCAGAGCUCAAGGCCGGCACGGGCGACGUCAGCCUCUCGGCCCCCGACGUGCAGCUGCCCUCGCUCGAAGGCUCCCUCAGCCUCCAGGGGCCCGAGAUAGACCUGAAAGCACCCUCCGCCGAAGGCUCGCUGGACGGAGCCGAGGUGGAAGCCGCCGGCCUGAAAGGGAAGAUUAAGAUGCCCAAGUUCGACAAGCCCAAAUUUGGCGUGUCGCCCCCCAAGGCCCACGGGCCCAAAGCGGAGGUCAUCCUGCCCACCGCAGAGGUCGACCUCCCCUCCGCCACCGUGACCGCCACAGGGGAAGGCCCCGCGCUGGGCCUCAAAGCCGACGUCCCCGGUGCCAAAACCGAGGGGGCUGGCUGGAAGGUGGAAGUGCCCUCCCUCAAAAUGCCCAAAGCUGACAUCAAGGCUCCCAAGGUGGACGUCACCCUGCCCUCCGUCGACAUCACCCUCCCAAAGGCCAGCGUCGACCUGCAGGCGCCCGAGGCGGCCCUCUCCCUCGAAGGGGAAGCAAAAGCCCCGGAGAAGGAGGCCUCGAAGGCGAAGGACAGCAAGUUCAAAAUGCCCAAGUUCGGCAUGCCUUCCUUUGGCUGGUCCAGCAGCAGAGAGGCCAAGGGCGCCGUCGCCGCCGACGUGGACGUGAGCCUCAAGGAGCCCCAGGUGACGGUGCCCUCGGGAGCCGCCGAAGCCGAGCUGACCGUGCCCGGGGCCGAGAUCCAGGCUCCCGGCGUCGAGCUGACCAUCGAGGCCGCCACCGCCGGAGGAGACGCCGAGAAAGGCAGAUUCAAAAUGCCUGACGUCAAGAUGCCCAGCGUCAAACUGCCCAAAGUCAAGGCUCCCCACGUGCAGGUCAGCCUGCCCAAGGCCGAGGUCUCGCUGCCCAAAGCCCAGGCGGAAAUCCCGGAGGGCGAGCUCACCCUGCAGGGCCACGACGCCGAAGGCAGCCUGGACGCCGCUGCCGGUAAAGUCGAGGGCAGCGGCAUGAAACUGCACAUGCCAAAAGUCAAGGUGCCCAGCGUGGCCUUCUCCAAGCCAACCGUCAAGGCUCCCAAACUCGACGCGGACGUCAGCCUGCCCAAAGUCGACGUCAGCCUCCCGGAGGCAGAGCUCAAGGCCGGCACGGGCGACGUCAGCCUCUCGGCCCCCGACGUGCAGCUGCCCUCGCUCGAAGGCUCCCUCAGCCUCCAGGGGCCCGAGAUAGACCUGAAAGCACCCUCCGCCGAAGGCUCGCUGGACGGAGCCGAGGUGGAAGCCGCCGGCCUGAAAGGGAAGAUUAAGAUGCCCAAGUUCGACAAGCCCAAAUUUGGUGUGUCGCCCCCCAAGGCCCACGGGCCCGAAGCGGAGGUCAGCCUGCCCACCGCAGAGGUCGACCUCCCCUCCGCCACCGUGACCGCCACAGGGGAAGGCCCCGCGCUGGGCCUCAAAGCCGACGUCCCCGGUGCCAAAACCGAGGGGGCUGGCUGGAAGGUGGAAGUGCCCUCCCUCAAAAUGCCCAAAGCUGACAUCAAGGCUCCCAAGGUGGACGUCACCCUGCCCUCCGUCGACAUCACCCUCCCAAAGGCCAGCGUCGACCUGCAGGCGCCCGAGGCGGCCCUCUCCCUCGAAGGGGAAGCAAAAGCCCCAGAGAAGGAGGCCUCGAAGGCGAAGGACAGCAAGUUCAAAAUGCCCAAGUUUGGCAUGCCUUCCUUUGGCUGGUCCAGCAGCAGAGAGGCCAAGGGCGCUGUCGCCGCCGACGUGGACGUGAGCCUCAAGGAGCCCCAGGUGACGGUGCCCUCGGGAGCCGCCGAAGCCGAGCUGACCGUGCCCGGGGCCGAGAUCCAGGCUCCCGGCGUCGAGCUGACCAUCGAGGCCGCCACCGCCGGAGGAGACGCCGAGAAAGGCAGAUUCAAAAUGCCCGACGUCAAGAUGCCCAGCGUCAAACUGCCCAAAGUCAAGGCUCCCCACGUGCAGGUCAGCCUGCCCAAGGCCGAGGUCUCGCUGCCCAAAGCCCAGGCGGAAAUCCCGGAGGGCGAGCUCACCCUGCAGGGCCCCGAUGCCGAAGGCAGCCUGGACGCCGCUGCCGGUAAAGUCGAGGGCAGCGGCAUGAAACUGCACAUGCCAAAAGUCAAGGUGCCCAGCGUGGCCUUCUCCAAGCCAACCGUCAAGGCUCCCAAACUCGACGCGGACGUCAGCCUGCCCAAAGUCGACGUCAGCCUCCCGGAGGCAGAGCUCAAGGCCGGCACGGGCGACGUCAGCCUCUCGGCCCCCGACGUGCAGCUGCCCUCGCUCGAAGGCUCCCUCAGCCUCCAGGGGCCCGAGAUAGACCUGAAAGCACCCUCCGCCGAAGGCUCGCUGGACGGAGCCGAGGUGGAAGCCGCCGGCCUGAAAGGGAAGAUUAAGAUGCCCAAGUUCGACAAGCCCAAAUUUGGUGUGUCGCCCCCCAAGGCCCACGGGCCCGAAGCGGAGGUCAGCCUGCCCACCGCAGAGGUCGACCUCCCCUCCGCCACCGUGACCGCCACAGGGGAAGGCCCCGCGCUGGGCCUCAAAGCCGACGUCCCCGGUGCCAAAACCGAGGGGGCUGGCUGGAAGGUGGAAGUGCCCUCCCUCAAAAUGCCCAAAGCUGACAUCAAGGCUCCCAAGGUGGACGUCACCCUGCCCUCCGUCGACAUCACCCUCCCAAAGGCCAGCGUCGACCUGCAGGCGCCCGAGGCGGCCCUCUCCCUCGAAGGGGAAGCAAAAGCCCCGGAGAAGGAGGCCUCGAAGGCGAAGGACAGCAAGUUCAAAAUGCCCAAGUUCGGCAUGCCUUCCUUUGGCUGGUCCAGCAGCAGAGAGGCCAAGGGCGCCGUCGCCGCCGACGUGGACGUGAGCCUCAAGGAGCCCCAGGUGACGGUGCCCUCGGGAGCCGCCGAAGCCGAGCUGACCGUGCCCGGGGCCGAGAUCCAGGCUCCCGGCCUCGAGCUGACCAUCGAGGCCGCCACCGCCGGAGGAGACGCCGAGAAAGGCAGAUUCAAAAUGCCCGACGUCAAGAUGCCCAGCGUCAAACUGCCCAAAGUCAAGGCUCCCCACGUGCAGGUCAGCCUGCCCAAGGCCGAGGUCUCGCUGCCCAAAGCCCAGGCGGAAAUCCCGGAGGGCGAGCUCACCCUGCAGGGCCACGACGCCGAAGGCAGCCUGGACGCCGCUGCCGGUAAAGUCGAGGGCAGCGGCAUGAAACUGCACAUGCCAAAAGUCAAGGUGCCCAGCGUGGCCUUCUCCAAGCCAACCGUCAAGGCUCCCAAACUCGACGCGGACGUCAGCCUGCCCAAAGUCGACGUCAGCCUCUCGGAGGCAGAGCUCAAGGCCGGCACGGGCGACGUCAGCCUCUCGGCCCCCGACGUGCAGCUGCCCUCGCUCGAAGGCUCCCUCAGCCUCCAGGGGCCCGAGAUAGACCUGAAAGCACCCUCCGCCGAAGGCUCGCUGGACGGAGCCGAGGUGGAAGCCGCCGGCCUGAAAGGGAAGAUUAAGAUGCCCAAGUUCGACAAGCCCAAAUUUGGCGUGUCGCCCCCCAAGGCCCACGGGCCCAAAGCGGAGGUCAUCCUGCCCACCGCAGAGGUCGACCUCCCCUCCGCCACCGUGACCGCCACAGGGGAAGGCCCCGCGCUGGGCCUCAAAGCCGACGUCCCCGGUGCCAAAACCGAGGGGGCUGGCUGGAAGGUGGAAGUGCCCUCCCUCAAAAUGCCCAAAGCUGACAUCAAGGCUCCCAAGGUGGACGUCACCCUGCCCUCCGUCGACAUCACCCUCCCAAAGGCCAGCGUCGACCUGCAGGCGCCCGAGGCGGCCCUCUCCCUCGAAGGGGAAGCAAAAGCCCCGGAGAAGGAGGCCUCGAAGGCGAAGGACAGCAAGUUCAAAAUGCCCAAGUUCGGCAUGCCUUCCUUUGGCUGGUCCAGCAGCAGAGAGGCCAAGGGCGCCGUCGCCGCCGACGUGGACGUGAGCCUCAAGGAGCCCCAGGUGACGGUGCCCUCGGGAGCCGCCGAAGCCGAGCUGACCGUGCCCGGGGCCGAGAUCCAGGCUCCCGGCGUCGAGCUGACCAUCGAGGCCGCCACCGCCGGAGGAGACGCCGAGAAAGGCAGAUUCAAAAUGCCCGACGUCAAGAUGCCCAGCGUCAAACUGCCCAAAGUCAAGGCUCCCCACGUGCAGGUCAGCCUGCCCAAGGCCGAGGUCUCGCUGCCCAAAGCCCAGGCGGAAAUCCCGGAGGGCGAGCUCACCCUGCAGGGCCCCGAUGCCGAAGGCAGCCUGGACGCCGCUGCCGGUAAAGUCGAGGGCAGCGGCAUGAAACUGCACAUGCCAAAAGUCAAGGUGCCCAGCGUGGCCUUCUCCAAGCCAACCGUCAAGGCUCCCAAACUCGACGCGGACGUCAGCCUGCCCAAAGUCGACGUCAGCCUCCCGGAGGCAGAGCUCAAGGCCGGCACGGGCGACGUCAGCCUCUCGGCCCCCGACGUGCAGCUGCCCUCGCUCGAAGGCUCCCUCAGCCUCCAGGGGCCCGAGAUAGACCUGAAAGCACCCUCCGCCGAAGGCUCGCUGGACGGAGCCGAGGUGGAAGCCGCCGGCCUGAAAGGGAAGAUUAAGAUGCCCAAGUUCGACAAGCCCAAAUUUGGUGUGUCGCCCCCCAAGGCCCACGGGCCCGAAGCGGAGGUCAUCCUGCCCACCGCAGAGGUCGACCUCCCCUCCGCCACCGUGACCGCCACAGGGGAAGGCCCCGCGCUGGGCCUCAAAGCCGACGUCCCCGGUGCCAAAACCGAGGGGGCUGGCUGGAAGGUGGAAGUGCCCUCCCUCAAAAUGCCCAAAGCUGACAUCAAGGCUCCCAAGGUGGACGUCACCCUGCCCUCCGUCGACAUCACCCUCCCAAAGGCCAGCGUCGACCUGCAGGCGCCCGAGGCGGCCCUCUCCCUCGAAGGGGAAGCAAAAGCCCCGGAGAAGGAGGCCUCGAAGGCGAAGGACAGCAAGUUCAAAAUGCCCAAGUUCGGCAUGCCUUCCUUUGGCUGGUCCAGCAGCAGAGAGGCCAAGGGCGCCGCCGACGUGGACGUGAGCCUCAAGGAGCCCCAGGUGACGGUGCCCUCGGGAGCCGCCGAAGCCGAGCUGACCGUGCCCUGGGCCGAGAUCCAUCCUCCUGACAGUGGUGGUGUCAUAUUUUCCUCCUCUGGGAAAGAUGGUGAGAUGGGUAAAGCUCGAAGUUCUCUUUUUAAAAUGCCAAAAGUUUCUCUUUCUAAAAGUUCUAAAGCACAGAUGCAGAGUACAUCCAGUACUUAUUUUUCUCAGUCAGAAUCUUUUUCUUAUGUAUUAGCUGAGGAAUCUCCUGAUAUUCUUUCUAGCAGUGUUGGACCAAAACCUCCUCCUGAUGAUAAGGCAGAAACUUCCUCUAAAAGUACUAAAUUUAGAAUUCCUAGUUUGGGUUUCUCUAAAGUUGACAUUGGUUCUUCUAAAAUUGAACAGGAUUCUGAAUUACCAAAAGGAGAUGUAACGCUAACUAAAUAUCAAAUGAAUAUACCAGAAUCUGAAUCCAAAAUAUCAUCUCUUGCUGAUACAAAUAUUUCUGCCACAGAUUCUGAAAUAUUAACUGAGGAGGGUUCUUUGGAGCAAAGUAGUCUGAAGUCAGGAGGUAAAACACCAGGUGCUGAAAUAUCUGUGGGUGACACAGAAUAUACAGUUAAAAUACCCAGAUUCCGAAAACCGAAAUUUGGAAUUUCUUGGUCUAAGGGAAAACCAUCAGAAAGUGACAUUCAUACUAAAGUGGAACCUGAAAUUUCCAAGGAAAAGAUAACAUCUGAUAUAUCUGAUAUUGGUAGUGAAAGUCCAACUCAAGUUCCUGAAGCUGAAUUACGUGUAAAAAUGCAAAAGCCUUCAUCUGAAGUUGUUCCGGAUGCACCAAAGUUGGAUGUCAGUCUUCCAUCGAUGGAAAUUACCAUGCCAAAGGUAGAAAUGGAAAUCCAGCAUUCAAAUUUAGAAUGCAGGGCAGAACAGGAAGUAACUUCAGGAGAGAAGGAUAUUGAGGAGAAAGAAAGCAAAUUUAAAAUGUCAAAAUUCAAGCUGCCUUCAUUCAGUUGGUCCCCAAAGAAAGAAGCAGUUGUUCCUUCUGAAGUUGAGGGACAUCUGGAGGAACCCACUCCACCUGCUUUAUCUAGAGAUACAGAAUCUGAAUUAAUGCUAACUAUCCCUGAGAAUCAAUACCCUAGUGUGGAAUUGGAUACAUCAACAGAAAAAGAUGGUGAAAAGGACAAAAUGAAAAAGUCCCAAUUUAUCAUGCCAAAGAUCUCACUCCCUAAAGUGAAGGGUCAAAAAGUCCAUGUCUCUCUGCCCAAACUAGAAACUGAUGUUUGUGGUCCCAAAGAAGGAGGUGUUUCAGUGCAGAGGUCUGAGAAAGGGAGCAGUGGAGAUGGGGCAGAAGUCAAAGCUCCCAAAGUAGACAUGGAUGUUAGCAUGUCUACAGGUAAGGUCAUACUUCCUACAUGUGAGGUCAGUCUUCAGCAGGUUGACCUGACAUUGAAAUCAGCUGCUGCUGCUGCUAGCCUCUGCAGCUCAGAUACUAAGAUGACAACAACUGAAGGCUCCCUUGAGUUGAAGAGUCCUGAGACAACUGUUGAAAGAACAUCAAGUGAAACUGCUGUGGGUACUGUAGAAAUAAAGCAUGAAGGUCCUGAAGGAAAAACUAAGAUGCCUAAAUUCCAAAUGCCAAAGUCUGGAAUUACACAUUUGAAAGGAAAAGUGCCAGAAAAGGAGGUCAUCAAAUCCAAAUCAGAGAUCAAUGUUCCCCAAUUAAAAGCGAUGAUAGAAAUUGCUGACAUUGGUGUUGAAGCACCAAAUUUGGAGGUGGAAUCUGCUGCAGAAAUAGAAAAUUCCAGGCCUAAAGCCCAAAUGCCUGAAGCUGACAAUAGGGCAUCAAAGAUUGAUGUCCACCUCCCAUCAGGUGACAUUUCUAUCUCAAAGACAGACAGUGAUAUUCAGGAUUCAGAUACAGCACCAAAAAUUAAAGGGGAAAUAAAGCCUGGAGUUGUAGAUGGAGAAGAGAAAGGAGGACAUUUCAAAAUGCCGAAAUUCAAACUUCCAUCCUUUAGUAGGUCACCAAAAAAGGAAGCAUGUGUUAAACCAGAUUCUGGAGCACAUCUGGAAGAUCAUAAACUUACUGUAGUGUCAGGCAGAAUAGACACAGAAGUGACAGGAACUGCAACUGAUGAUCAGGGUCCUAGCACAGCCCUUGAUCUGGAAAUUUCUGCAAGAAAAGGUGAACAAAAAAGUCCAAUUAAAAAGCCGCAAUUUGUCAUGCCUAAAAUUUCACUCUCCAAAAUCAAGGUUCCCAAAUCUCAGGUGAAUUUGCCAAAAGUUGAAGCUGAUGCUACUGUUCCUAAAAUAGAAGGAGAUGGUGAUGAUUCGAUACAGAUACUUGAUAUAGAAAGAUGUCAUUCCAAAACCGCAGAAGAGGGGGCACAAAUAAGUAUAAAAAUGGCUGAGGUUAAGAUCCCUACCUUGGAGUUUUCCAGAACAGAAAUUGGAGCCUCCCAAUUAGAGCCUCCCAUGGGUGUCAGCUUAGCAAAAGCUGAUGCUGCUCUGCCUGCCUCAGAGGGCAGUCUGCAAGAGGUUGUCCUAAAAUCAAGUUCUGCUGAUGAAGAUACCAGUGAAAAAACAGGGAUUAAGUUUCCCAAAGGGGAAGCCUCAAUUGAAUUGAAGAGCCCUGAAACAGGAAGUGAAGGAUCAUUAGUUGUGGAUGGAAGAAAGAUGAAAUUGGAAGGUCUUGAAGGGAAGAUUAAAAUGCCCAAAUUCCAGAAGCCAAAAUUUGGAAUCUCCCUAACAAAAGUGAAAGGGCCAGAGCCUGAGAUCAGCUCUGCAAAAACAGAAGCUGAGCCACCCCAGCUACAAAUGACAACAGAAAUUACUGACAUUGUUGUGGGUGUUCCAGCAUCAGAAUUUAAAUCUGAUACUUCAGAUCCUGGAGUGGAGGUUUAUGCUGGGAAGAUCAUAACACCUCAGAUUCUGACAGCUGGCACUGAAGCUCCCAAAGUAGACAUUAGUCUCCAGUCAGUGACUACAUCAAUGACAGAGGGAGCUAUUGAGAGCCCUAAGGAGAAGGAUAUAAAAUUAAAAGAACAUGAAAUAAAAGCUCAAGAAAUUCAGAGUGAAGAACAUCAGGGAUGGUUUAAAAUGCCAAAAUUUAGAAUACCUGCAUUUGGCCGGACAUCCUUAAAGGAAAAAAAAGGUGAUGCUGACGUUGAGAUGAGUCUGGAAAAGCCUCAGGUAAGCAUUCCCUUUGCCAAAAUACAAACUGAAAUAAAUAUUCCUGAAAAUACCUUACCAUUGCCACAUGCAGCCACUGAAAUUACUAUUGGAAAAGAAGACAUUCUAAAAUCAGGAGAUUCUGUGAAGAGUUCUGAUGUUAGCUUGCCAAAGAUGGAAGGCGAUAUUUCAUUAUCUGAAGAAAGAACAGAUAGUAAAGUGGAUAUUCCAAAAACUGAAACUUAUGCAGAAGUAGUUAAGCGCAGUGCUGAAGGACAAAAAAUGCAUACUUUGGAAUUCAAAUUAUCUUCAGCAGAAUUGUCUAAAACAGAAACAAGUGCUUCAAAAAUUGACAAAGACAGUGCAAAUAAGUUUCCUACAUAUGACCUGACUCUUCAGGAGCACAAAGUCAAACCACAGAAUAUAGACAUCCCUGAAGUACAAAGUUCCAUUGAGUUAGAGACUUCAAGAGUAGAAUUUAAACCUUCAUCAGCUGAAAUGACUGUGGAUGCAACACAGGAAAAAUUAGAAGUUAGUCUUCCAACGGCAGAGCUGGCCAUCCAAGGUCAAGCUGAAGCAAUUAAGACAGGAAAGAUAAAGGAUGAGAUGAAAAUUAUAGGAAAAGAUGGUCAAGGAAGCCAAUUGAAAAGGCCUGUGUAUGAAUGGUCUGCAACAAAGGGGUCAGAAGAUGAUGCUUAUGUUGCAGCUAAGCUGGAAGAUCUGAAGACAGAAGUUCCAGGAGUGAAAAUGGAUGUUAAAAUUGGCAGAGUAGAUCCUGAAAUAGAAUUUCAAGUGGAAAGCGUUGAAAAAGACAUGUCUGCAGGAACGGAAGUGCAAGUAGACGACAGAGAAGAAACAAGUAAAAUUAAAACAUACAAGUUUAAGAUUCCAAAGUUUGGAGUGCUGCGUUCAAAAGUGAAGGGUUCUGAAGAUGAUAUCAAUUUGCCUAAGUCAGAAGCUGUUUUGGUGCCUGAAACUGAAAUAGGCACAGCAGAAAUCCAGUUUCAAAAAUCAGAAGGAUCCUAUGGCCUAAAAAGUGUUUUUAUAGAACCAUCUGCCAGAAUGACAAUGGACACUGUGGACAAAUCAGAAGAUGACCUGGAAGUAAAUAUAAAAAUUCCAAAAUUAAAAAUACCAAGAUUCACUUUCAAAGCUUUCCCAACUGAAACUGAUGUUUCAGUGUCAAAACUGACAACAGAGCCUAAAGGAACUAGUACUGACAUUGAAGUAGCACAACUGGAAGCAAGCUCUGCAACCCCUGCAACACCAGAGGCUCUAGAGGGUGGUAUUCAAAAGGCAAAAAGCAAAAUUGUAAUGCUAUCUGAACCUGACAUUAAAACAGCACAGAUGACUACUACCGUAGAAUCCUCUGUUAAUGCAGGGCAAGAUAUUCAUUGGUCAUAUGUAGAGGGCCAAGAAAUACAUGAGAAAGUGGAACCUGAACAUGUUGCUAUUGAAAGGUGUGAGAUUUACACUACUCAGAUACUGAAAGAAUCAGAGAUUCUCUCAUCAGAAGUUAAAACUGCUACUUUGGGAUUCUCAUUGCUCAAGGCAAAGCUGCCUGAAUCACAUAGUAACUUAGAUGUGCUAGUUCAACAAUCUUCUACAGAAUAUAAAACUGAUGUAUCAGUGAGCAAACCUAAAUACUCUGAUGAAAGCUUUGGAGCAUCAGCACAGAGGACUGUCAGUGAAGAGCUUAAAUUAUCUGAAAAAACAUACAUUGAGACUGAAGAAUCUAGUGGAACAGUAUCUAGUGAUGUCAGUUUGCCAAAGUUAAAAACAUUUGCUGUUGAAGUAAAGCCUUCCAGUAAACCAGAAGACAGUCAUCCUGAUAAGUCACCGGAGGGAAUAACUGUAGCUCCUCUCUCUAAAGAUGAUGAUGUAGCUGAAGCACUAGAAGAUGAAGAAAAAGGCAUAACUGAUCAAAAAGAAAAGACCGAUAGUAAAAGAUCUCCCGGAAGAUUCAAAUUUUGGCUUCCCAGUAUUGGUUUUUCGUCUUCUGGUGAUGAAACAAGUUCAGAUUUAAAAACAGAAGUAAAAAAAUCAGUUCCAGAAGACAUGAAACCCACUGACACAUUAGAUGAUGAUUCUUCUAAGCAAACUGAAAAAGCUGGAUGGUUUAGAUUUCCCAAGCUUGGUUUCACAUCUCCUUCCAAAAAGGCAAAGACUGUUGACAAAGAAGAGGAGACAGGACAUAAAGACAGAAGAAGCUCAGAUGAAGACAGUCCAUCAGAUAAACCUGAUAUAUUUUUUGAUGCACAAGAAAGCUUAUCACCUAAAGAAAGAAUAACAGAGAGUGAAAAAAAUGAAACUGAUGGGACUUCAUCUAAUGUUCUGGUUUCUGGAAAUAUCGUUACAUCUUCAGCAAGAACUGAACUCAUCUUGUUAGAGGAAGAAAAAGGUAGUCAAUCAAAUAUUCCUGGAGAUGCAACCAAAUGAGAGUUGUCUUUUCCCAACCCCCAAUGAAACUAAUCUGCACAUACAGAAAAAAAAAUCUGUUUUCUGAAUUUUCCAGUAACUGAAAAUGAAACAAAACCUAAAAGUGACAUUUAUGAAAACAGUUUGUUGAACAUAAUUUACUACAUAUACAUUUUCAAGUACAUGAAUGUGCUGUACUGCGCACUAAUAAAAUUAUUUAUUUCUUCAAAUCUACAAAAAGGAAACAAACAACUUCUAUAGAUACAGAGGAGUUCAUAGUUUUAGCAACGUCUGAAAAGAUACACGAACUGUGGAAAUAAACCAUUGAAAGGCUCAAAGACAACAAAAAGACUUGUUAAAUAGGCUUCUCAAAAAUACACUGAUUAUGUUUAGACUAUAGAUUAUUUGCAGAAAGGAAUAUAAACUAAUACUAUGAUAACUAUACUUACCUGUUUAGAUUUUGUAUUGAAACCUUUCUAACCUAUUUUGCUUUCUUAUUAAAAUAUUUUCUUUAUUUCAGCUAGAGUAUAUGUAUAUUCCAUAUUUUAAAAUACAAAAUAAAAACGAAAUACUAGUGUAGAUAGAAUAACACUUUACCCCUUCCCCUCUUUUCUUUUUUUGAUUAUUGUGGUGGUUCAUACUUAGCCUUAAAAAAUUAAAAAACAACAACAACAAAAUAAAUUCAAGACCAAAAAUAUAUGAUUGAUUCAAAGUUUCCAAAUGCCAGAAUAGAACAUGUGACAAAGCAAAAUGAUAAAAAUGUGGGUACAUAAAGUUUUUAUGUAUAUAUUUACUGACUAGUUAAAUGCAUAAAAUGCAUAGAAUGAUCUGCCACACUUUGGUGGAAUCACUUCAAAGAUUUUCUGGGAAAGUAGAUGUAUAUAAUUAUUUACCUCUUUGUUUAUAUUAAUGCUUCUCUGAAGUGCACAGCCAAAACCAGAGUGCAUAUGUGACGGCAUUCACAGGUAUCAUUAAAACACUGACUGUAUCCUUAAUUCACAAUAAACUCACCAUAUGAAUCAUAA